AUGUCCUUACAAGUCGAACCAGCACAAUCAGCGCAUCCUUCUCCGUUUGCCAACGAUGACGAGGCUUACGAGCAGCAGCAGCGCCGAGAAGCACUUUGGAACCCGGAGCAGCAUGGCGGUGUACCUAGCAAAGCUCAUCGACACAUCCACAUUGACUGGCCCAAUGCAUCCAUCAAGAAGACAAUAGCAAUCGGCGCCUCAGCACCUGAAGCCUCUCCACCCGUUUACGAUCGACCAAGACACGAAGAUGAGACAGCCAACGCUUCUUCCUGCGUUUUAAUCACCAAGUCUUCACCGAUCAAUGCUACCGUUCACAUCCUCAGGGAGAAACGACCCGAGUCCGCGUCUGCUCCCGAUUCAAAACCGGUUCUUAUCAGCGCAAAGACAAGAUCUCUUGGCUCCAUCUCUCUCAGCAUCCCCAGCUACAGCGGUGCGCGCCCUCUCGACAUUCGCGCCAAGUCAUACAAUGGCAACAUCACCGUCUCCCUUCCAACAAGCUUUGCCGGAAUGCUCAAAUGGAAUUCAGAAACAGGCACACUUAAAGUCUCACCCGCCAUGCAGCAGCGAUUCAAACUCCUUGACCCUCAACCACACAAGCAUAGGGGAACCGCCAAAAUUGCUUCAAGUAUAGCUUCCGGCAUGCGAGGAGACGUGUGUACAAUUUCAAAUCAUCAUGGCAGUAUAACGAUCAAGGAGUUUGGCGAGGGCGAAGGUAAAGCCUCGUCAGGAGAUGGUGGCAAGUCUUGUGUGAUACAGUAG